CACCCCGCACACCCUGUGGCCGCAAGAAGACCCAGCGCCGCCGCCCGCCAGCUUCCAGGGCCCCGGCCCGCCUGGCGCCCGCGCUCUGCCUCCCCGCGAUGGCCCCGCUUGGGUACUUCUUAUUCCUCUACGGCGUGAAGCAGGCGUUGGGCAGCUACCCGAUCUGGUGGUCCCUGGCUGUCGGGCCCCAGUACUCGUCCCUGGGCACACAGCCCAUCCUUUGCGCCAGCAUCCCGGGCCUAGUACCCAAACAGCUGCGCUUCUGUCGGAACUACGUGGAGAUCAUGCCCAGCGUGGCAGAGGGCGUCAGGAUCAGCAUCGAGGAGUGCCAGCACCAGUUCCGCGGCCGCAGGUGGAACUGCACCACCAUCAACAACAGCCUGGCCAUCUUCGGCCCCGUGCUGGACAAAGCCACCCGGGAGUCCGCCUUCGUGCACGCCAUUGCCUCCGCCGGAGUGGCCUUCGCAGUGACACGCUCCUGCGCCGAGGGCUCCGCUGCCAUCUGCGGAUGCAGCAGCCGUCACCAGGGCUCGCCAGGCCACGGCUGGAAAUGGGGUGGCUGCAGCGAGGACAUCGAGUUUGGUGGGAUGGUGUCUCGGGAGUUCGCGGACGCGAGAGAGAAUAGGCCUGACGCCCGCUCUGCGAUGAACCGCCACAACAAUGAGGCUGGGCGCCAGGCCAUCGCAAGUCACAUGCACCUCAAGUGCAAGUGCCACGGGCUGUCGGGCAGCUGCGAGGUGAAGACCUGCUGGUGGUCGCAGCCCGACUUCCGCGCCGUCGGCGACUUCCUGAAGGACAAGUACGACAGCGCCUCGGAGAUGGUGGUGGAGAAGCACCGCGAGUCGCGCGGCUGGGUGGAGACGCUGCGGCCGCGCUACACCUACUUCAAGGUGCCCACGGAGCGCGACCUGGUCUACUACGAGGCCUCGCCCAACUUCUGCGAGCCGAACCGCGAGACCGGCUCCUUCGGCACGCGCGACCGCACCUGCAACGUGAGCUCGCCGGGCAUCGACGGCUGCGACCUGCUGUGCUGCGGCCGGGGCCACAACGCGCGCGCGGAGCGGCGCCGGGAGAAGUGCCUCUGCGUGUUCCACUGGUGCUGCUACGUGAGCUGCCAGGAGUGCGCGCGCGUCUACGACGUGCACACCUGCAAGUAGGGGCGCGCCGGGCUCGGGGCCGGCCCCUCCCGGACGGGGCGGGGUCCUCUGAUGGAGCCCGCGUGCGGCCAGAGUAGCUGGCGGUUCUUCCCGACAGGUUCGGAGCUCCUCCCGGCUGGGGCGGGGCUCUGGGGCUGAGGCUUUUGGAUGCGGGCGGGGUCUUCUCUGGGGACCCAGCUCCCUUGCGGGGAAUUCCGCCCUGCCACCUCGUCCUAGCAGCCCAUUUGUAAGGUUCCAUCCAACCCAACUCUUCUAUGUAGAGCAGCUGUCCUGACAAACAGCGGCCGAGACCCCCGUCCCCCAGCCUCUUCCUCUGAAGUCUGGCGCUCUGGAAAGGCCUGACAUCUGCCAGCGCUCCCAACCAAUCCCACGGAGAGAGCCCACGCCUUGCAGAGCCCCACGAACCAGCUGGGCCUGGGGGAAGGAGCGGCCUGGCGGCAGAGGCGAGCAGGAGGCUGGGCCCUGAAACCUGGCUCUGCCCGGGCUGUCAUGUGUGAGGCAAUCAGACAUCAGGCUCUCUUCCAGGGACUGUUACUGCUGUCGCCCAAGCCCUGGCUGCGACAGCCCACUGUGGAGCCCUUCCGCCUCCCUUCCUCAGGUCUUUCACCUGCACCCCAUCCACAGGAGAGGAGCAUCGCCUUCUGUCCCAGCCCUACCCUACCUCCCUCUUGGCCUCAGCACCUCCCCCACCUUCCUCAUCCGCCCAGGACUGCUGGCCUGCACCACCCCAGCUCCAUCAUCCUGCCUUGGAAGCUUAUUUGGGGUAGGGUUGGGUUGUUUGGGAGGUUUUAGUAGGAGGAGCCACACCUGGGGGCUGCAGAGGACCCUCAGCCCCCAGAGGAGUGGUAUCCCCUUGCAGCCCUGGUAGUUAGGACUGAUCCCCUGGGGCUCCUGCUGCAGCUGUGGUGUGCCAGACUUGCCACACUGGCCACUGUCCUGGAGCAUGUGGCUGGCUGCUCAGCCAGCCUCACCUUCUGACUAAUCCACCCAGCCCAGGAAGUGCUGGCUUCUGGAUCCCUCAGCCAAUGCCCAGGCCAGGCCUCUUCUCACUCAGACUCUGCCACUGUGAAACAUCCCCCAGUCCCCAGGCAGGGGGAGGAGGCCAGCCAGAGAGGGAUGGCUGCACGCCUCCGAGGACAAGACCUUCCUCUGCCUUGAAUUUUGUGUUUUUGGUUUUAAUUUUAUUUCUGAUGCUGCUAUAUUCACCAUACACUGGAGCUAAUCAAACAGAUGUGUUGUUGUUUUUUCCCUUUUCUUUCUAUGAAAGAAAU